CUCUCCUAUCUCCAAAGCCGUGGACAGAAGUGUGUGAGGUGCGAGGCAGGCCUGCCUGUCGUGUUGGUCCGAGCGGGAGGUGCCUUCUGCAGGGACUGUUUCAAGGCCUUUUAUGUGCAUAAGUUCAGAGCCAUGCUGGGGAAGAACCGGCUCAUCUUUCCAGGCGAGAAGGUGCUCUUGGCGUGGUCUGGGGGGCCUUCGUCCAGCUCCAUGGUCUGGCAGGUCCUUGAGGGCCUGAGUCGAGACUCUGCCAAAAGACUGCGUUUUGUGCCAGGGAUCAUCUAUGUGGACGAGGGAGCAGCCUGUGGCCAGAGCCCAGAGAACAGAGCAAAGACCCUGGCUGAAGUGAAGCUGGUCCUGCAAACUGCUGGCAUGCCCUGGCACCUCGUCGCCUUAGAGGAGGUAUUCAGCCUGCCGCCAUCAGUGCUGCAGCACUCCACCCAGGAGCCGGCAGGGACUGAGGGGGCCUACAAGGCGGCCGUGGACAGCUUCCUCAGGCAGCAGCAUGUGUUGGGGGUUGAAGGGGCUGAGAACAGCCCCAGCUCAGUUCAGAGAGAGGAGCAGCUAUGCCGGCCCCACACCCGGGACCCCCUGGACCCACAGAGCCUGGCUGGGUCACCUACAGCUGCCCAGACCGCAGCUCUGGCCAGACUGUUCGACUCAGUGAAGACACUGACAGCCAAGGAGGAGCUUCUGCAGACCCUUCGGACCCACCUGAUCCUGCAUGUGGCCCGAGCCCAUGGCUACUCCAAGGUAAUGACUGGGGACAGCUGCACCCGCCUGGCCAUCAAGCUCAUGACCAACCUGGCACUUGGGAGAGGAGCUUUCCUUGCCUGGGACACGGGCUUCUCGGACGAGCGUCAUAGGGAUGUGGUGGUGGUGCGGCCCAUGCGUGACUACACGCUGAAGGAGGUUGCUUUCUACAACCGCCUAUUCGCCGUUCCCUCAGUCUUCACGCCAGCCAUAGACACUAAGGCCCCUGAGAAGGCCAGCAUCCACCGGCUGAUGGAGGCCUUCAUCCUCAGGCUGCAGACCCAGUUCCCCUCCACGGUCAGCACCGUGUACAGGACGAGUGAGAAGCUAGUCAAGGCCCCGAGGGAUGGCCAUGCUGCUGGCUCCCCAGGCCCCCGCUGCCUGCUCUGCAUGUGCACAUUGGACAUCGAUGAUGCUGACAGUGCCACAGCUUUUGGGGCUCAGACUUCUUCGCGUCUCUCCCAGAUGCAGCCACCCACCCUACCGGCUGAGGCUGGGACGCCCACAGUGCCCUGUUGCUCUCCGGGGGUGGGCAGGACCCAAGGCUGCUGCAGAGCCACCUGUGGGAGGGGGGACCCCCGAGCCUGCAUCAUGGAGCAACUGUGCUACGGCUGCCAGGUGAACUUGAAGGACUUGCGCUCCCUGGACUCAUUGCCACCCUACAUCCUGGCUGAGGCCCAGCUCCGCAGACAGAGGGCCUGGGUCAUGCAGGAAGUCCAGGAAUAUCUCAUUGAGGACAGUGAUGACGAGGCGGAGACGGGUCAGAGCUGAACUGCAAUGACACACUCACCAAGACAGCUCUGGCAGGGAUAGCAGGCCCCUAGCUCUGCUGGACUGUGCCCUGUCCCCAGGAAAGGGCUGUCCACACUAGAGCAGGAAGGCAAGGAUAGGGGCUAGCCACAACUGUUCGUUUGUAUAAAUAAAAAUGUUUUUAAUUA